AUCGCAGCUUUCGUUCAUUUGGCUACGACGACUUGAACAGAGUGGUUGUGUUACGUGCGUGUGCUAUAGAACUUUAUUUUUUAAUAUUAAAUAAUAAUUUUAAAAAAGUGCCAAAAAAAGAAUAUUUUGGGAAGCAAAGUGUCUCAAAGGAUCAUUCAGCAUCCCCCCUAAAAAAAGGACUCACCCCUCAAAGUACAAACUCACAAUGUAAAGUAGUAUGAUACCAUUUGAGUGAAACGAACCAAGUGAGAGCAUACUGCUCAGGACAUUUCGUGCGUCCUUUUUUCCUCCUUAUUUCUUUUCUUUCCUUUUUCUUACUUUUCCCUCAGUUUUUCAACAUUUUUUCCCUUCUUCCUAAUUCUACCUUUUUUUUAAAUAAAAAAAAAAGAAAUCUUGAUAUUUCUCGCUUUUUCUCUUUUUUGAUCACAAAAGAGGAGCGCGCGGGACACAAUUUAAUCAGAGUUUUUUUUUGUGUGAGCUCCAACAUUAUUUCUUUUGUGUUCCUCCGGACAGUGUGUGGUGUGUAAUACCGCGAUUUUGCGAGAAAUAGCGAGCGAGAGAGCAGAGAGAAGCAGAGAUAAAAAGAAUUGCAGAGAGGUUUACAAAAAAAGAUAUAUAAAAGUUGUGCUUCAUCCACAAGAUUGUGCUUCGCAGCAUCCAAAAGAAAAAAGAAUCUCGAAGGAAUUUUUUUGAAAGUAACAUAAUUUCGGCCAACUGCAUGAAGGGUGCGACUGUGUAAAGUGUGGCCAAGAGGACGCGAAAGGACAAAAAUAUCCUGUGAGUGGGAGAAAGAAAUUUUUGGUAUAUACAUUUUUGACAGCAUAAAAGGAAGCAUAGCGAGAGCAUCUGUUGAUACAUACUACACAACCCAAUUUCUCUCUCAGCAUUCUCACAACCCCGCUUGUGUUUGGUGGUGGUUGUGUUGCGAUUGGCGAAGCCUCAUCCUCCGUGGCAGAAGCGGCGGCAUUAAAAAGGAUAUAUCGCUCGCAAUUGAAAAUAUAUUUAAUAUAAUUUGGUUGAAUAAAAAGAAAAAAGAGUGUGUGAAGGAAUGUGCUCACCUGCGGAUGUGUGACGAAGCUCGCAUAUUGCGAGGGCAGCGCUAGAUGGCCAGCCAGACGCGGCCAAAUAGUCAGAAGCAUCAUCCGAGUGAGCAAAAGCCGGCGAAUCUCGUGUGUGGCUUUUGUGGUUUGAUGGUAGAGAGUGCAGCAUCGCUGCGUGUCCACAUCCACUUCAAUCAUGAGAGUGUCGGUCGCUGGAACAGCGCCCCAUCGCCAACAUCCUCGUCAAGUAUGAGACUAACAUCACCCACCGAGGGGGCGUCCGUGUCACCCACGGACUCGGAGAAUAACAAUCAACCGUUCAAGAGGCAAAAAACACCCAACAACAGCACCUCACCAACGGACGAUAAAGCAACAACGCAACAGAAUCCCGUUGCAGCAGCAGCCGAUUCAAGUGACAACAAACCUCCGUCGCCAUUGCAUCAGCACCAAAUAUGCUCAACAACGGCCUUUGAUGAGGCAACAUCCCGCGCCUAUGUCCAUCAGCAACCAAGCACCUACUACGGUCACCCAUUCCUCGCCCCACCCACCUACGAGGCAGGCUACGGCCUUCUCAGCAACAACUACGACAGUAUGCAGCAGCAGCAAUUGAUGCAGCCACGGCAGCAACACGAGUACAAACCAGUGCCUUCACACCGUUAUCAUCCCUACCAUCAGCAAGCCAUCAACAAUCACAAUCCGCCCUCACCCACCCCACAGCAGCACCACCACAUCGCCAGCACCUCAAGCACAGCACCCACACCCCUCUCGGACACUAUCAUCAACUCCACCUCCGUCAGAAUGCAACAACUGGGAAGUGAAGGUGAUCAUCAGAUGGUGUCACCGAAGCAAUGCGACAAAUGUGGCUUUGUUUGUGACUCCGUGAGUGUGCUAAAUGAGCACUGUGCUACACAGCACGGUACCACUGAGGCUCAGGAUACGGAAGGUAUGACAUUUCCCAUGGGUGGGAAUCAGCAGACACCGCAACAUUCGUACAUCAAAGAGGAAACCACAUCGGACAUCUUGGAUUUAGAUUCGCAAAAGGUGGUGUACCCGCAGCAUCAUCAUGAGGGUGUUCUCACCUCUGACACUACUGCUCUACCACCAAUGCACUCCCUCCAUCCGCUGCAGUCGAUGCAGAGACAUCCAAUUAUGUGGCAUGAACCACAGUCGAGCUACAUGUCGCAACAGCAGACGCUAAAACCACAAUUCUUUCCAUCAAUGAAGGCACCAUACAUCACACCGGUACUGGGGCCAACAAAAUCAGACUACGGCAGCUCCGUGGCAAACAUUAAAAGUGAAUAUAUGCCACAGACUAUGCUGCCACCGCCUGAUGUGAAGAUGUUUGCUGAUUCGAGCAACAACCAAGUGUCUACGAGUCAGUCUGAUUUUCCAACGACAACGACACCCCAAGAUAGCGAUGCGGCAUUUAGGACGCAAUUUGAGCCGGCAUCGUCAUCCCUGCCGAAUAGUCAGCAAACAAAGAGUUCAUCGUGGAAGUCAAAUGAGGCACGCCGACCCAAGACGUACAAUUGCACGGCAUGCAAUAAGUGGUUCACGAGUUCUGGCCACCUUAAGCGUCAUUACAAUACAACACUGCACAAGAAUGCGGUGAAAAGCAGCGGACAACCCGAUCCGGCAACACUUCCCAUCAGUGUCCAUCACCAUCCGGCACGAGACAAUGUGAAGAAUAAUCAUCAUUUGAGCAAUGUGACGGAAGCACCGCAACCGGUGAUACCACCACCCGUGUCAUCCGCAAUGGAUGCGAAUGAUUCUGAAUUUGGUGGUGCAACACAGUAUAGUACCGGUGGGGAUUUUCGUGGUGGCCUCCUGGGUCAGGUGACGCCCACAGAGAGCAACAGCGUGUAUCAGGCACAGCAAUUCUGUCCAAAUCCCCCAAACGGGGUAGCAGGUCCCUCCGCCCCUCAUGCCUCCCAGCCGAGGGGCCUGCUGACACACAUGCCCAACAUCACGCUGUUGGCGUCCCACCAGGAGGUGCUGCCGCCAAUUCCUACUACCACCACCAUCAUCCACCCCAUCAUCCACCCAUCCAUCAGCCAGGGCAUCAUCAGUACAAUAAUGGAACCGCCGCCGCCGUACAUCAAGCCGGGUACCCCGCAUAUGGUGCAAUCUCUGCACACAACCCAAUCGCACCUGGUGGACCCGCCGGCGAAUUGUCCCACUAUUAUUGGUGAUCAUGGCAUUGUGGACAAUCGGGAGGCGUACGGAUCAAUGGCUGACUAUGAGACAGCCACAUCCUUCAUUGAGACACCUGUUACGCGGUUCACAUCGCAAAAUAUCGGUGAUACCGUGCCACCAUUUUCCCCGGAUAUGCCUGACCAUGUUUCAGCGCACCGUUCACUUACGCCCAAAAUGGCCGCCACGGCACCACUUGUUUCACCAUCAUCGCCAAGUGUAACAUCAUCGGCACGUCAAAGCAAGCCCAAGAGGAACUAUCGGAGCUCAAAGAAGAGUGGCGUAGAUGCCAACGGGGAGCCCCUUCGGUGCCUCGAAUGCGACAAAGUGUUCAACAAAGCAUGCUACCUUACGCAACACAACAAAACCUUCCACAGUGGCGAGAAGCCAUUCAAAUGCCACCGUUGCGGCAAGAGAUUCCCAUGCGAUCAAACCCACGAGGAGCAUGUGGUGAAGCACAGUGGUGAGAAGCCGCAUAAAUGCGAUCAAUGCCCAAAGCAAUUCAACCACAAGACCGAUCUAAGGCGCCAUCUUUGCCUCCACACAGGCUACAAACCCUACACGUGUGAUCUGUGCAACAAAGGCUUCAUACGCAAGGAUCAUCUUAUGAAGCACAAGGAGGUGCAUCUGAAGAAGGCAGCUGGUGGUAAGAAGCAACAGGCACAGGGGAAGAGUACCAACAAGAAGGCCAACAAUUCGCAUGUGCCAAAUUUAUCAAAUCCCAACGAUGACUUGCAUAUUCUAGGAGAAUAAACAACUUUGCUUUUUAUUUUAAAAUUACUACCUCAGCGCCAUAUUGUUUUUUUUUUUAAUUUCUUUUUUUAUUCUUCUAUUCUGUAGUAGAGCAAUAAUAUUGUAUUAUUAGCAAAUAUUGUAUUAUUAUUAAAGUUUAAGUGAAUAUGACAACAUUUAAGAAGAAAAAAAUAAUUCAAAAUGGCCACUUAUAGGUUUCUGCGUUUACAUCAUAAAGUUAGGUUUUCUUUUGUUUUUUAAACCAUUUUAGAAAGGACAAUGUUUGAAAAAAAUCCAUUAAUAGAAAAUUUUCAAGUCAUGUAUUUUUUUUAAAUUAAUUUUGUAAAAAAUAAAUAAAACAAUUGGCCAAUAUUUACUAUACUUUAUACUUUCAGUGAUAAAAUGCAAGAAGAAAAAAAAUUGAUAAAAUAGUCUCUCUCCUAGCAGUUGCCAAUAUAAAGUAAAUUUUAGAGUCUGAUUUGAUGGGGAUGAUGAGGUUAUUUCUUCAAUUUUUAAAUUUAUUAAAUAGUAAUGAAACAAGCAAAAAAAUAGAUAAGUAUAAAUUUUUUAAGUAUUUUUUAUCUUCAUAGAGAUUCUUAUAGAACAAUUUAUUGUGAUUUACAACCGUCAAAGGAAGAAAUAAAAACUACAAUGAAACUACUUAACUACCUCUCAAAAUGGGAAGAUUAUUUUUCAAGCUGUUUAUUGUUUUUUUUUAAUAUUAAUAUUUUUUCUAUACACUCUUUUACAUCAUUAAAAGCCAGCAAGUACAAAAUAAUAGUAAUAAAAAAUAGUUAAAUGUAAUAUUGUGAAAAAUAAAAUGAAAUAGUUGAAAAUAGA